CACAACAGUCGCCAGCAGCGCGCAGACAUGGCGCAGGACGCAGCAUUGCUCUCACGGCUGGAGAGCUUGGCCGCCAGCUUUGCUGCUGCAGACCCCGCGUGCCUGCUGCUGCUGGAGGAAGCAUUGGACAACCUGCUGGCAAGGACAAAGUCAGCAGAGGGGCGGCAGGCUCUGGCGGCGCAUGGGGCGGUGAGCAGGCUGCUGAAGCUGGUGCCUUUGCUGGGAAGCCAUUCUCCCAAGCUGAGAAACUUAUGGAAUGACGAAGGAGACCAGGGUUCUAACUCAGGUUCUAGCCAGGAGUCUGGGAAGUCGAGGGAUGAUGCUGUGGGUGGCUUCGUGCUGAGGCCACUGAUGCUGCUGCUCAGAGUUUUGCGCAACCUCUGUGCUGGGGAGAGAGCGAACCAGGACGCUUUUCUGGACGGAGGCGUCCAGAGGCUUGCACAGCUGUCGCUAGCUUUCGGACACCUGUCGUGGUCUGAUACGGACUCCAUCGACGUUGUUCGAGCGGCCAUUCAGACGCUGGGGAAUGUUGCGGGGGGCGGCGAGCGGCAUCAGUCUGCCAUUUGGACGGCCUGCUGUCCGGACGCGUUCCGCCAGCUGUCCAAGUGUCCGGUGGAGGAGAUACAGGGGCCGCUGUGCAUGCUGCUCUUCCGGUGCUGUCGUGAGUCCGAGUUGCGACGGGCUGAGCUCUGUGGAGAUCCCCCUUUGCUCCGCUCGUUGUUCGCAGCCGCUCGUAGGGAUCAGCAGUUGGGACUAGAAACCUCGAAGGCGGAUAAAGUACAAAGGGGGGAGCGGAGGGGGCCGUCGACGUCCCUCCCGAAUGGGCAUUCUGCCUGCACUGCCACUCAAGAAACUUCAGGAGACACUCUCCUUACUCCAGCCUCCGUAUCAGUGCCCACAAGCGACGAAGAUCUCUCCUUCAGCCAACUUCCUGCCUCCCUAUCCGGAAAUUCGUUCACUGCGAACGAGCCCCCUACAGCCUCCUCAGCCCGUUCAAACGGGGAAAGGACCGAACCCGGGUCGGAGGCGCCUCGUUUUGGGGGUGGCGAGUGGCUCCAGAUUCUAGUAGACCUGUUGUGCCUGCAGCAUCCACUCAUGUCAAAAGUGUUCACAGCGGUGUCAAACAGCGGCUCAGAACAGCAGGACACCGGGUGUGACACCGGUGUGAAGGAGCUGAGCCUUGAAGAUGAAGUCAGCGAAGCUAAGCAAGGCUUUACUGAGGAGCAAGCGGCGCUUCUGAGUGUUUGUUUGCAAGCACUGAGCAUGAGGACAGAUGCACACGAGUCCUCGCCCUUCCUCUUCCCGCCUUCCUCCGCCGUCUCUCUUCUUGGGCUCGUCAAGGGCGCCGCCAACCACAUUGCAGAGCAGCUUGCCCCUUCUCCGUCCCGCUCGGCGAACGGAAACUUCGUCCGUGAAACUCAUCUUCAACACGGCGAUAGCCCCGCCCCUGCUAGCAGUAGAAACGGAACUCCCGAACCAGAGCAUGCAGAAACGUCCCAAAGCAGAUCCGGCGACACGAGUGGUCGGACGAGCGCCGCGGCAAGCGGAAAAAGCACUCCCCCAAGCUGGUGCCCGCUUCCUCCGGCCAUUCCAACCGGGCACCCCGCGAUCGACGUUCUGGCCUUGUCGCUCCGCCUGCUGUCCUCGGUUUGUGCCGCUCGGGUUGUCGAGCUUGGGGCGGAUGCAAUGUCGGCGCUUUUGGGGGGGGGAUUCGUGCAGCUUCUGUUGGAUCUGCUGCGGGCUUUGGGCCUCCCCGAGAGGCUUCGGGUAAAAGGGACUGCGAGCGAAUCGGAGGCCCAGAGCGAGUCGAACGAGAGCGGGGAGAGCUCGGAAACGGCACGGAGCGGAAGCAUCGCAGCGGAUCCAAGACAGCCUAGUGGCGAAACCAUAACAUCGUUGUCCAGGGGGGUCGGCGAAACUGCGGGUGAGUCAGGUCAAGCACCCCCAGUUGCGGAGAGCAAGCCGGGGCCGAGUUCCUCUAGCGUUCCUGGGCAGUUUCCAAACCACAGUCCGUACCUAGGAUACCGACGGGACGUCGUAGCCGUUCUUGCGAACGCCGCGCACCGGAACCCCCGGGUCCAAAACGCAGUGCGGGUGGGGGGGGGGCUGCUCCUCGUUUUGCAGCAGUGCGUAGUGGACGAGUCGAGUCCGUACCUGCGCGAGUGGGCGCUGUUCGCCGUGCGGAAUCUGUGCGAGGGAAACGAACGGAAUCAGAAUGAGAUUGCGGGGUUGGAGGUCCGGGGGGGCGCGAACACGGCAGAAACGGAGGCGAUGGGAUAUCGGGUGGAGGUGGAUACGAAGAGCGGGAGGCCAAAAUUGGUAAAUAUUGCUGCGGAUGAGUCUAGCCAUUGAAAGUGAUUAGAGCGGGGAGGCUAAUUCGCGAGCAGGAACAUACUUGAGUCUCUGUUGCAGGGUCGGAGGCAGACGAGUCUUCCGAGAAACAAAGACUUGGCUGCGUGUUCCAUAUAAAGGCGGCGGGUACGCUUGUACACGUCGACACCAACGGAAAUGAUGGCAGCCUCAGCACUUGAGUAGCAGCGGCUCCUUGAGGCAAGGUAGGACAUGCAGUAGAUUGAAGAUGCUUAUUAUCAUUUAAGGCACGCUGGGUCAGCUGUCAAGCAUACUGCAUGAGACGAGAUUGACUCACUCGGACAAUGGAAACGUGCAUUGUUCUGCAGUGCCCGGUGACAAUUGACUCUGCGGCAAG